GGAAAGGCCGUUCCGCUCCGCGAGGGAAACGGAGCCGUUGACUAUGGUUGCAACUGGCAGUUUGAGCAGUAAGAACUCGGCCAGCAUUUCUGAGUUGCUGGACCAUGGCUUCCACCUGGGGAGCCUGCUAAGUGAUUUCGACUACUGGGAUUAUGUUGUUCCUGAACCCAACCUCAAUGAGGUGAUAUUUGAGGAGACAACUUGCCAGAGUUUGGUUAAAAUGCUGGAAAACUGUCUGUCCAAAUCAAAGCAAACCAAACUCGGUUGCUCAAAGGUCCUUGUCCCUGAGAAACUGACCCAGAGAAUUGCUCAAGAUGUCCUGCGGCUUUCCUCCACUGAGCCCUGUGGCCUGCGAGGUUGUGUUAUGCACGUGAACUUGGAAAUUGAAAAUGUAUGUAAAAAGCUGGAUAGGAUUGUGUGUGAUUCUAGUGUGGUGCCUACUUUUGAGCUUACACUGGUGUUUAAGCAGGACAACUGCUCGUGGACUAGCUUCAGGGACUUUUUCUUUAGUAGAGCUCGCUUCUCAUCUGGCCUCAGGAGAACUCUGAUACUCAGCUCAGGAUUUCGGCUUGUUAAGAAAAAGCUUUACUCGUUGAUUGGAACAACAGUCAUUGAAGAGAGCUAA